AUGUGGACUGCUGGCGCGGUGGACUAUCUCUGUUACUAUUUUCUCAUCUUGCAGCUGCUGAGUCAGCCCGCAGCGAAGCAAGUGCUCCGCUACCGCUUGGCUGAGGAGGGUCCAGCCGAUGUACGGAUCGGCAAUGUAGCCUCGGAUCUCGGCAUCGUCACCGGAUCCGGGGAAGUAACUUUUACCUUAGAAUCCGGUUCUGAUUAUUUCAAAAUAGAUAACAUUACCGGGGAAUUGAGUACGAACGAGCGGCGGAUAGACCGUGAAAAACUGCAACAGUGCCAAAUGAUUUUUGAUGAGAACGAAUGUUUUAUAGAUUUUGAAGUGUCCGUUAUUGGUCCAGCGCAGAGCUGGGUAGACCUUUUCGAGGGCAAAGUGAUUAUUUUAGAUAUAAACGACAACACUCCGUCCUUCCCCUCUCCCGUGCUCACUCUCUCUGUGGAGGAGAACAGACCGAUCGGCACACUUUAUCUCCUGCCCACUGCCACCGACAGAGAUUUCGGCAGGAACGGAAUAGAGAGAUAUGAACUCAUUCAGGACAGUGGUGAGAGCUCCGUGCGUCGGCUGGGUUCCAGUGGAUCUAGCAGUGUGGACUCUCACUCUGGUAAGAGGAGAUUUGAAGAGGGGGCAAGUCGGAGCAGUGUUUUCGAACUCCAAGUCGCUGACACCACAGAUGGCGAGAAGCAACCGCAGCUCAUUAUUAAAGGGGCGCUGGACAGAGAACAGCGCGAUUCCUAUGAGUUAACGCUGCGCGUUAGGGAUGGAGGCGAUCCCCCGCGUUCCUCCCAGGCUAUUCUGAGAGUAAUGAUCACAGACGUCAAUGACAAUAGCCCACGUUUUGAAAAGAGCGUGUAUGAGGCAGAUCUGCCCGAGAACAGCUCCCCCGGCGCUCCAAUUCUUCAGCUGAAGGCAGUGGACGCUGAUGUAGGGGUAAACGGGCAGAUUGAGUAUGUGUUCGGUGCAGCCACAGAGUCUGUGCGGCGAUUACUGCGAUUGGACGAGAGUACGGGUUGGUUGAGUGUGCUACACCGGAUUGAUCGAGAGGAGGUCAGCCAGCUGCGCUUUACUGUGAUGGCACGUGACCGUGGACAGCCGCCAAAAACCGACAAAGCGACCGUGGUGCUCAAUAUCAGAGACGAGAAUGACAAUGUGCCUAAUAUUGACAUCCGCAAGAUUGGCCGCAUUUAUCUGAGAGAUGGCAUGGCACAUGUGGCUGAGGAUGUGGUGGUAGACACACCCAUAGCACUCGUUCAGGUGUCAGACAGAGACCAGGGACCAAAUGGCAUUGUGACCUGUACAGUGGUGGGUGAUGUUCCAUUCCAGCUAAAACCAGCCAGUGAAAUGGAGGGUGAAAUGAACAAAAAGAAGUACUUCCUGCACACAUCAGCGCCGCUCGACUAUGAGGCUGUGCAGGAGUACAAUGUUGUUAUUGUCGCUGUGGACUCUGGAAGCCCCAGUCUCUCUAGCAACAACUCACUACUGGUGAAAGUGGGGGACACAAACGAUAACCCUCCCAUCUUUAGCAAAAGCACGGUAGAGGUGUCCUUCCCUGAGAAUAAUGCUCCUGGUGAACGGGUGGCCACUGUCAUGGCUAACGAUGCCGACAGUGGCAAAAAUGCAGAAAUCGCCUACUCACUCGACUCGUCAGUGAACGGAAUAUUUUCUAUCGAUCCAGACAGUGGAGACAUCCGUGUCAACACCAUAUUGGACCGUGAGCAGACAGAACGUUAUGAAUUUAAAGUCAUAGCUAAAGACAAAGGAAUGCCCAUAUUACAGGGCUCUGCCACUGUGGUGAUUCUGGUUGCUGACAAGAAUGACAACGAACCAAAGUUCAUGCAGGAUGUGUUCACAUUCUAUGUGAAGGAAAACCUGCAACCCAACAGCCCUGUCGGCAUGGUCACGGUAAUGGACUCGGACAAAGGGCAGAACGCAGAGAUGAGCCUCUUCAUCGAAGAAGAGGAGGACAUUUUUUCCAUUGAGAACAACACAGGAACUAUCUUCUCCACUGUGUCAUUCGACAGAGAGCAGAAAAUGACCUACUCGUUCCGUGUGAAGGCUAUAGAUGGCGGAGACCCACCCCGUUCUGCCACCGCCACAGUAUCGCUUUUUGUGAUGGAUGAAAAUGACAAUGCACCGGUGGUGGACUUCCCCGGCAACAAAUCUUACGCCAUGCUCCGCCCCUCAAGCAAUAUACGGACAGUUGUUCAGACAGUCAGGGCCACAGACACCGACACGGGCGUCAAUUCCGAGCUAAGUUACAGCAUCGUCGGGGGCAACCCAUUCAAGCUAUUUGAGAUCGAUGCAGCAACGGGUGUCAUUUCUCUGGUGGGCAAACUGGAGCAGAAACAUCUGGGUCUCCAUCGUUUGGUGGUGCAGGUAAACGACAGUGGAGUUCCCUCCCAGAGCACUACCACACUGGUGCAUAUUUACAUCAAUGAGACUCUCUCUAAUGCUACCAUUGUGGAUGCCCAGAUCGCCAAGAGCCUUGGCACGCCCCUCAGUGCAGACAUCGCCGGUGACCCCAACUAUGACCUUGGCAAGCAGCGUCUGAGCAUUGUCAUCGGCGUGGUGUCAGGCAUCAUGACGGUUGUCCUCAUUAUCCUCGUGGUGGUCAUGGCACGCUACUGCAGGCCCAAGAACAAGAACGGAUACGAGGCGGGAAAGAAGGACCACGAGGACUUCUUCGCUCCACAGCAACAUGACAAGGGCAAGAAGCCCAAGAAGGACAAGAACAAGAAAAAGUCCAAGCAGCUGCUGUACAGUAGCAUCGUCACCGUGGAGGCAUCCAAGCCCAACGGACAGCGUUACGAUGGUGUCAACGAGAAGCUCUCUGAUAGUCCAGGGAUGGGCCGUUACCGCUCCGUCAAUGGUGGGCCGGGAAGUCCGGACCUGGCCCGUCACUACAAGUCCAGCUCACCCCUGCCCACUGUCCAGCUGCAUCCGCAGUCACCCACAGCAGGCAAAAAGCACCAGGCUGUUCAGGACCUGCCACCUGCCAAUACCUUCGUGGGCACUGGAGAUAACAUAUCCAUUGGAUCUGACCAUUGUUCCGAGUACAGUAGCCAAACUAUCAACAAAUACAACAAACAGCCCUUUCGCCGAGUGACCUUCUCGGUGGUGAGCCAGGCGCAGGACCCCCACCAGGGAUCGCUGCAGAGCUGCUACGACAGCGGCCUGGAGGAAUCGGAGACGCCCAGCAGCAAGAGCUCCUCUGGCCCCCGUCUCGCGCCCUUCCCCUGCCCGAGGACGCCUACGAGAGGACCACGCCGGACGGAAGUGUUGGUGAGGCAGAGCAUAUGGAAAAUGGAGAAAAAGAACAUUAAAAACUCCCGUCCCCUGCCAGACGUAGCCAUGACGGGAAAAUGCACGCGGGAAUGUGAUGAAUACGGACACUCGGAUACCUGCUGGAUGCCCGUGCGUACCUCACCUGAACGCCGGCCCAAAGCCACCCCUCCCAAGCUCUCCACCUUCAUGACCUCCUCCUCUUCCUCUGCCGGCGUCGCCGAUCAGUCGGGCAGCCAGGAGGCGCUGGCCAUGGCCAACGGCGACCCUUCGCACCUCCUCGGCGACCGCAACCGCAACCUGUUCAACAAGAAGAUGUCAACUUCCUCCUCCUGCUACGAUGCCUUCGGCACAGCCAGCUUUCCCAGCAGCGAAGACGCCUCCCGUCCCGUGGAGGAGAUCCCCCUGGCUCAGACCAGUGAAUACAAACCCACGCAAUGCGGCACACUGACCAGACGGGAGGUCUACCUGUAA